CGGCGCACGGAUGCAUACCUGAUGAAGCACAAUGGCCUCAAAAGCUUCCACACCAUGAUCGAUCAAUUCGAUGAGAAGAGUGCCACAUAUGCCAAGAACUGCCAAGAAGCCAGCAAAUUCAACCGAAAUUGUGCACGCCGCGAGGCACUGAUGCUGGAUGCUUUCAAGUUGAUCUCAAGGGCACAAGCAGACAAGACCUUUAUGUCCCAGCUCACAGAACAGGAAGCGGCUGCAGUCAGUGCUGGUUUUGAAAAGAUCUUGACCAACCUUGUCCCUUCAGAUGAGGACAGAGAGGUAAUCCAGGAAUUGCUGAGGAAGAUGAAAGGUCAUGGCCCUGGCCUGAACUGCAGAAAGAUCCACAGGGUACCUUGGCAAAAACCAUGUCUUUAGCCCAGAAGUUUCUGGAGGGCUCACCAGAAGAGAAGGAAGCAGCAAAAGAAGAAAUCUCGGCGUUGCCCGACACAGUACCAGCACUCUCAGCUGAAGAGGAGGCUGAGGCCAAAAAGAAACUUGCAGAGAAUGAAAACGAGUUCGAGCAGAAUGGAGCAGGCAUUGACCUAGCUUUGAACGAGAUUGACAAGAAGACCAAUGAGGCUGUGGAAGAGGAGGCUGAGCAGGCCGAGAAUGAGCAGUCUGACAGUGGCUUUGCCUUGGACCUUGGAAAUUGUUCAGGAUCCCCCCACAGGUGUACAGGUUACGAAGUUCAUCGUGAACAACUUUGCCGAGCCCAUCCUCACCACCCUUGCAGUCAGCAUCAUUCCGGCGAUUCUGCUUGUGGCUGCUGCGGACAAGAUCAUUUUAUUGUCAAUGUGCUUCAUGGUGCUGUUCGUGCUGUUCUCUUUCUCAAUUUGCCUUAUGGCCGAGACUCCGACUUUGGAAAGUGCCUGAAGCAUGUCAUGGGCUUCCCAUACUAUGGAGCAAGUUCCUCGCCAAAGGGGCUUGGCGCAUCUCCAAGAAA